AUGUGGGCCCGCGUCCUGUCUCUCCUUCUCUCCGCCUGCCUUCUCGGCGUGUGCGACAGCUUCCUGGUAGGUUCCGCGCGUGCUGUUUGUACCUCGCGCGUGCCGCCAGUCUCCGCCCAAUUCUUCACCGGGAACUUUGACAGACAGGCCGAGAGGGAGCGGCAGGCAAAGCUCUCGCGGUCCGCCACAGACGCCAAGCCCAACGUUCUGGGUCUCGGCGUGAUUGCCACCGGCGCGGUGGGGCUGCCCGUCACCUUCCUCAUCGCCCUUUACCUCAGCGCGCGGCUGCACCCCUCGACAUGUCCCGGCAAGCUCACUCCGUUCAAGUUUGCGGACGGCAUCUCACCGCUCGCGGUGCAGGAGCGGAAAGAGGGCGCGGCCAAAGUGGCCAAGCUGGAGGCGGAGAAGAAGGCUGCGGCGGCGAAGAAGAAGGCGGCCGAGGAGGCCAAGGCGGCCGAGGAGGCCAAGGCGAAGGCGGAGGCGGAGACAGCUGCCAAGGCGGCCGACGCGAAGAAGACGGCCGCCGGGGAGCCCAAGGCGAAGGCGUCCGAGGCGCCAAAGAAGAAGGCGGCCGCGCCGCCGCCGCCGCAAAAGCCUGCGGCCGCAGCCAAGGCCGCACCCGCGGCGGCGAAGGCAGCGCCCGCCUUCCCGCCAAGCAAGGACGCUGAGGCUCUCCAGAAGAUGCGGGCCGCCAACAAGAAGGCGGCCGACAAGAGGACCGCAGACGCAGUCGCCAAGUCCAAGAAGGAGAAGGAGGCGCAGAAGGCUGCGGCGGAGCAGCAGCAGGCGGCCCUCCGCCAGAAGCAGGCGGACGCGAACGAGGCGCUCAAGGCGAAGGUUGAGGCGAAGCGCAAGGCCGAGAAUUCGGUGGCGGACCAGGGCAGGGUGACGGCGGCGGCCAAGCGCAAGGCCACCGCCGACCAGGCCGCCUCUGCCGCCGCCGCCGCCGCCGAGCGCGUCGCGGCCGCUGCGGCAGCGACGGCCGCGGCGCCUUAG